AAUGAGAAACAACACCACGAUACCUGUGGAAAACUCUAGUGCUGCGGAGGUCAGCAUGCUGCUGGAUAUACUCCUCGUCCUUCAUCUCCAGGUGCUAGCCAUAGCAUCUUCAUCCUCCGCUGAGGAAGAUGAGAGCAGUGAGAGGGAUGCCCAACGUAGUAAAGGCUCUUCUCAUCAGAACCACUGGGGUUACCAUGAUCAGGAUGCGUGGUUAUCUGCGUUUGAACACUGUAGUGGAAAAGCUCAGUCUCCAAUCAACAUAGACACUCAUAAGGUUUUCUAUGAGCCCAAUCUGCCUCCCAUUAAACUGGAGGGUUAUGAUCUCGCCGGCUCUCCCGCUCUUACCCUCAUCAACAACGGACACACAUUGCAGCUGAGUCUGCCGAGCAGCAUGCGUAUCAUGAGGGGAUGCGAUCACGUUUACGUCGCAGCCCAGCUUCACUUCCACUGGGGAACUACAGAGGUCCCUGGCUCAGAGCACACCAUAGAUCAUGUCCAUUUCCCUGCUGAGAUCCACGUGGUUCAUUAUAACUCCAGAUAUGCAAAUCUCGCUGAGGCUGCUAGUAAAGCGGAUGGGUUGGCAGUGUUAGGAGGAUUCAUAGGUAUUGGCCUUCAUGACAAUGACAACUAUGAGAAGAUCCUGUCUGCGUUAACAGACAUCAGCAUUGAGGAGUCAGACACUGAGAUUCCUGGUUUUAAUGUGCGCCAUCUACUGCCAGACAGCUUGGACAGGUUUUAUAGGUACAGCGGGUCCCUCACGACCCCUCCGUGCUUUCAGACGGUCAGCUGGACUUUGUUCAACGACUCAAUCAGAGUCUCAAGAAGACAGAUUGGCCUUCAUGACAAUGACAACUAUGAGAAGAUCCUGUCUGCGUUAACAGACAUCAGCAUUGAGGAGUCAGACACUGAGAUUCCUGGUUUUAAUGUGCGCCAUCUACUGCCAGACAGCUUGGACAGGUUUUAUAGGUACAGCGGGUCCCUCACGACCCCUCCGUGCUUUCAGACGGUCAGCUGGACUUUGUUCAACGACUCAAUCAGAGUCUCAAGAAGACAGCUAGCAGCCUUGGAGGACACAUUGAAAACUGAACACAACAAGCUUUUGUCCAAAAACUUCAGAGCGCCACAACUUCUGCAUGGGAGAAAUGUGCUGGCAUCUUUCCACACAGGAUCCACUGCAAGAAUAGCCAGUGAAGCUCCACCAUCUGAAACACAAGACAGCAAUAUAAUGGAAUCUAACGGACACAUUCUGGCGAUUAUCUUUGGGGUUCUGUUUGCCGUCACGUUGCUGAUCUUCUCCGUCUACACAUAUGGACAGAGGAAAAAGUACUCAAAGUUUAAAAAAGACUCCAAGCAAAAUGUUAUUUAUAAACCAGCUGCCGUUGAAAAAGACAUAGAUCAAACCUCUGUUACUGUAUCAUAAACCACAUAUUUAUUCAGAAACUUGUUUUGUCUUGUUUGUCUUCAGAGUGAGACUUUGGAAUAAAUUGUUUGCAAAUUAGUAGAAAUUGCUGCAUACACUUUUGGUCCACUUUUUGUUUGCCCUUGUGUGUAUGUGUCUGAAUUUUAAGUACAUACUUUUUUUUUUUUUUCAUUUUGCUGUUUUUUUCCAUUGUAUUGAGGAAAUUAAUCAUAACAUAUUAUUCAUCCACCUACAAGAUGUAUAAUGGUUCUCUAACAGUAUCUGAGCAGAACCUAGUUUACAUAUAGACUGUCAAACCACAGCCAUUCAUUUAUAUAUUACCCAGAUAGUGACCACUGCCUCUCUCUCUCCAGUCAUCUGACACUAGACUUCAGAAACUAUAUUUUAGUCUUGACAUACAAUUUCAAAAUUGUAAGCGUAUAAUGAGUUUGUGAAGCCGUGUUGUUUUCAGUCCGUGUCUCUCAGAACAGACUGUUCUUUACUGCAUGUAUGUAUCAAACACGGUCCAGAACACUAAACAUUCACACGAGGAUUCCUGUCAGCACCCGCAAUGUUUAAGACCAUUAAACUUUGAAUCUGGAAAAUCCAUGAGUUAACUUGUGUUAUAUAUAAGUCAUGACAGGUCAUGUAAGAGGUGUGUAUUUCAACACAGUUCUGUUGAAGACUGACUGUGAAGCAUGCAAUCCAAUGCAUUUGGCAGGUCAGGGGGUCAGUUCUCACAUUUCAGUAAGAUAUUUACUAAAGGGCAGAGGUCACAUGACUGAGAGCCUAAAAGCCACAAAUACCGGUAACACUUUGUACAUUAACGCGAGUUAAUGCAAUAGCUAAC